AUGGGGCCUCAUCGAUCCCGGUGGCGAUGGCCAAAGCGUGACGGACCGGGGCAAAUUGAGGAGCUUGCUGUGGAGAGAGGUUUCCGGUUCGUGAACCGAAUGUCUCACUGGCGACUCCGAAAAAGGAUACAUCUUCUUUGGGGUGAGAAUGAUCAGAUUUUCAAGCUGGAACUUGCACAGAAGAUGAAAGAGCAGCUCGGGGACAAGGCUACAGUUGAAGGCAUAGAGAAAGCAGGUCAUUUGGUUCACCUAGAACGACCGUGCGUCUACAAUAGUUGUCUCAACAACUUCCUUUCUUCCUUCCAUGCAAAUGCAAAUGCAAAUGCAAAUCAAUUUUCUUUUUAA